CCGACAUAUACUAUCCACCGCUGAGUGUACACAGAACGCAGGCUAAGAUGGCGGGUGGUGGCGGCGUCUGUCGGGGCUUGAUCCUCCUGCAUACCCUGCUGCUCCUGGCCGCGGCUCGACGGCCCUACUUCAAGCCGCACACUCUGCACGUUGACCAGGGACUGGCCGCCGACCCGCAGGACGCCAGGGUGAUGACUUUGGCGGCUGGUUUGUCGGAGGAAGGGCCGCUCCGGAGGGGCCAGCAUCGGUGGCGCAGGAGCAUCGACAGCCCGCAACUUGUGGACCUGACGGGACAGGUGAACCUCAAUGAUUCGCACGGUCAAUUGGUUGUUCAUUGGGCUGGAGAGAAAAGCAGGGUGAUCGUGGCACUUGCCCGUGAUAAUCCAUUCCUGGAUGGGCUUCUCACCAGUUCGGUUUACAUUUCAUAUGAUUAUGGAAAUUCCUUUGAGAAAAUUGAUAAGAAGUUCAAACUGGAAGAUGAAACAAAAAAAAAUAAAUAUGUUGUUCAAUUUUACCACAGCCCAAUAGAUAAUAGAAGGUAUAUUUUUACAGACACGAGAAAUCACUACUUAUGGACCACUUUAAACUUCUGCAAUGACAUCCAGAACUUCCCUAUUCCAUUCAGCCCAACAGAUCUCCUCCUACACAGCACCAACCCCAACCUCGUGCUUGGUUAUGACAGCUCUCAUCCAAACAAGCAGCUUUGGAAAUCUGAUGACUUUGGACAAAGUUGGGUCUUAAUUCAGGAACAUGUCAAAUCUUACUACUGGGGUGUAGAACCAUACGACUCACCUACUACAAUUUACGUUGAACGCCAUGAGCCAAUGACUUUCUCAAGCAUCAUCAAAAGCACUGAUCUCUUUCAGAGUGAAAACCAUGAGAUAAUUUUGAAAGAAGUAGAAGAGUUUCAGUUGCAAGGCAAAUACAUGUUUGCCACAAAGAAGGUGCAUCUUUUGGGGAGCAGUGACCCAUCUGUGGUGCAGUUGUGGGUUUCUUAUGAUCGGAAACCAAUGAAACGUGCUCAUUUCCUCACAAGACAUCGAAUAGUGGAGUACUAUGUGGCUGACGCAUCAGAAGACCAGGUGUUUGUCUGUGUCCAUCUAAGCAAUAACGUGACCAAUCUCUACAUCUCGGAAGCAGACGGGCUGAAGUUUUCACUUUCUCUGGAAAAUAUACUGUAUUAUAGUCCAGGAGGUGCAGGAAGUUCAACUCUGGUGAGAUACUUUGCAAAUGAACCAUUUGCAAAUUUUCAUCACGUCGAAGGACUGCGUGGAGUCUACAUCGCUACCCAGCUGAAUGGGUCUUUCACUGAUGAGAACAUGAGAUCAGUGAUCACAUUUGAUAAGGGUGGAACCUGGGAAUUACUGGAGGCUCCAGCUUCUGACAGCGAUGGUGAUCAAAUAGACUGCAAGAUUGAACAAGGUUGCUCGUUGCAUCUGGUACAGCGUUACUAUGAGCGUCGCAGAGCCCAGAUCCUCUCCAAAGCAUCAGCACCAGGCCUUAUCAUAGCUACAGGUUCCAUUGGCAAGAAUUUGGCAAACAAACUAAACGUAUAUGUCUCAAGUAGUGCUGGGGCUCGGUGGCGUGAGGCCCUAAAAGGUUCCUACUUCUAUUCUUGGGCUGAUCAUGGAGGCAUCCUGCUGGCAGUUCCUUGGUUUUCACCGACUAAUCAAGUAAAGUACAGUACCAAUGAGGGAGAGACAUGGAAGGUCAUUACUUUCGCAGAAGAGAAUAUUAUCGUAUAUGGACUAAUUACUGAGCCAGGAGAAAAAAGUACCAUCUUCACACUCUUUGGAUCGUUCGCAACGAAGUCGCACAGUUGGCUAAUAAUCCAGAUCGACACAAAAUCAGCAUUGGGUGUACCUUGUUCUGAGACCGAUUAUAAAUUGUGGUCCCCGUCUGAUGAACAUGGGAAUGAAUGUUUGCUUGGUCGAAAAACUGUCUUCAAGCGCAGAGCCCCACAUGCAACCUGCUUUAAUGGGGAAGACUUUGACAGGCCGAUUACAGUCAGCAACUGUUCCUGUACAAGGGAUGACUAUGAAUGUGACUUUGGUUUCAAGCUGAGUGAAAAUUUGGCUUCCGAGAUUUGUAUCCCUGAUCCAGAGUUCUUUGGCAAUAUGUCUGCUCCACCUAUACCUUGUCCUGCUGGCACGACAUACACACGAACAAAAGGUUACCGUAAAAUCUCAGGUGAUACGUGUAGUGGCGGCGAUGUUGAGGCUCGUUUAGAAGGGGAAAUGCUGCCUUGUCCUGUGAACGAGGUAAAUGAAUUCAUACUUUAUGCGUUGAGGAGCUCAAUUCAUCGUUACGACCUUGCCAAGGGUACAGAUGAGGCACUGCCACUUCAGAACCUGCGAGGCACUGUUGCUUUGGAUUUUGAUUAUGAAAACAAUUGUGUGUAUUGGGCAGAUAUUUCACAGCAUAUUAUUCAGCGUUUGUGCCUAGAUGGGAACUCUGGCCAGGAUAUAAUAAUCAAGGAUGGCUUGCAGGCUGUGGAAGCUCUGGCCUUUGACUCCAUUAGCCGGCUUCUGUACUGGAUAGAUGCUGGAGCAAAGAAACUCGAGGUUUCUAACCCUGAUGGCGACCUUCGUCUCACUCUCUUGAAUUCCACUACAUUGGACCGUCCAAGGGCUCUUGUACUAGUUCCCACUUUAGGACUGAUGUUUUGGACAGACUGGGGAGAAGAUAAAGUUGGAAUUUACAAGAGUGAGAUGGAUGCAUCACACCCCACUCGACUCAUUUCUGAUGGUAUUAAAUGGCCCAACGGGAUUACCGUGGAUGGAUCUUGGAUCUACUGGACUGAAGCUUAUGUUGAUCGUAUUGAGAGAGCAGAUUUAAAUGGUGGCCAGAGAUCAGUACUAAUACAGAACCUUCCUCAUCCAUAUGCUAUCAGUGUCUUCAAGGAUCAAAUCUACUGGGAUGAUUGGUCAAAGCUGAGCAUCUUUCGAGCGUAUAAGCAUGAUGGCUCGGGUGUGGAAACCUUGGUUACUGGUUUAACUGGAGUAAUGGAUAUGAAAGUUUUCUACAAGGGCAAGACUACAGGCAGCAAUGCAUGUGUAUCAAAGACCUGCAGUUUGCUUUGUCUUCCAAAGCCAAAUGGGAAACGAUGUGCAUGUCCCGAUGGAGUGAAGAGCUUGGUUUUGCCAAAUGGGAAUGUUGGUUGUGAAUGUCCACAUGGUUAUUCUCUCAAGAAUACCACCUGUGUGCGACAAGAGCAUAAUUGCACCCCUAACCAGUAUGAAUGCUUCAAUGGAAAAUGUAUCAGCAGUAUUUGGAAGUGUGAUCAUGAUGAUGACUGUGGUGACUUCAGUGAUGAAACGGAUUGCCCCACGGGAGUGUGCGAUGUCAACUCUCAGUUUAAGUGUAAAUCUUCGGGGAUAUGUAUUCCAGCAGCAUAUGUGUGCGAUCGUGAAGAUGACUGUGGAGACAAUAGUGAUGAGGAGCAUUGCUCAUUUAAUACCUGUACCAGUGAUGAGUUUACUUGUGCCAAUGGCUUGUGCAUCCGAAAGUCAUGGAUAUGUGAUGGGGACAAUGAUUGCCGAGACUGGUCAGAUGAAGCAAACUGCACCUCCACUAAUAAAAGCUGUGACCCUCGCUACUUUACAUGCCGUAAUGGUAACUGCAUCCAGCGUGAUUGGUUGUGUGAUGGGGAUGACGAUUGUUUCGAUGAAAGUGAUGAAGAUGUUACUCUCUGUGAGAAGACGGGUUGCAUUGGAUUUAAAUGUAAAAAUGGUACAUGUAUUGGAAUGGCUGAACGUUGCAAUGGUGUCACAGACUGUUCAGAUGGAUUAGAUGAACAAAACUGCAACCCAUUAUGCUCUCGGAAUUUUGAGUUCGCCUGCAAGAAUGGACGUCAGUGCCUGCCGAAAGAGAUGGUUUGUGACGGAACCCGGCAGUGUGAUGAUGGUUCCGAUGAAGAUCCAAAUCACGCGUAUUGUAGCGGGACAGAGGAGUUCAAUCGAACCUGUGAGCCCUUCAGUUUCAAAUGCUGGAAUGGAGUGUGCAUUAGCAUGGAAUGGAAGUGUGAUGGGGUGGAUGACUGUGGCGACUACUCAGAUGAAACAAAUUGUAGAUAUCCCACCGAAGCACCUUCUUGCAUGAAGUACUUUCAGUUCAGUUGCCAGAAUGGAAAAUGUGUACCGAUAUGGUGGAAAUGCGAUGGAGAGAAUGACUGUGGAGACUGGUCUGAUGAAGAUGGCUGCCCUGGUUCGCAUCCUGUUCCGCAUGCUACUGACGUUCCUUCCAGUUGUGGCCCCAACCACUUCAGAUGUAAUUCUGGUGGAUGCAUUGUAAACCAUUGGGUGUGUGACUCUUACAAAGACUGUCGGGAUGGUUCUGACGAGGAAGGUUGCCCAACUUUUUCAGUUAACAGAACAACUGUUCCCACCACUACAACACGGCCUGCUGGAAGAUGCAGCAUCUCAGAGUUUCCUUGUGCUCGAGGCCGUAACUGCAUUCCCAACUGGAAGCAGUGCGAUGGUCACCAAGAUUGCCGUGAUGGAUCAGAUGAACUCCAUUGCCCUACACAUCCUCCAUUACUCUGCUCGAAUGGAACUGUUUGUGACGAUGGAGAGAGGUGUGUAGGUCAAUUGGAACAGUGUGAUGGGUUUCUGGACUGCUCUGAUAACAGUGACGAGAAGAACUGCUCAAAUGACAAAACAGUGUACAAAAUACGUUAUCUUCAUUGGUCAGCUGAUUUUAACGGAGCAAUUUCUUUAACCUGGAGCAAGCCAAAUAAUAUGAAAUCCGCAUGUGUCUAUGUUGUAUACUACAGUUUGGUCGGUGGGGAAUGGAAGAGCUUGGAAGCUGGCAAUAAAACGGCUAUUAUAAUAAAUGUUUUGAAACCUGACACAACCUACCAGGUGAAAGUGGAAGUGCAGUGCCUAAAUAAAUUCCACAAAACGAGAGACGUCAUUAUAAUACGAACACCUGAGGGCUUACCUGACCCUCCAGAAAGUCUCCAGUUAUCUUACAUUGAAGAGUAUACUAUUACUGCCCGAUGGAGUCCUCCUGCCAAUACACAUGGUCUGAUUCGGGAAUACCUUGUGGAAUAUUCCCAGAAAGAUAAAGAUUGGACUUCACUGAAUAGCCUUAAAUGUCGGAAAGACAUUGCAAAUCUGCAAAUAAACACCUUGUACAGUGUCAGGGUUGCAGCAGUUACAGGCCGUGGGAUUGGCAACUGGAGUGUUACAAGAAACAUCAGCACACAGAAAGAAGGUGAAAUUCCACCACCAAUUAUUGAAGUUGUAAAUUCAAAGGAAAACAUGGUUAACUUGAAGCUACAUUGGGAUGCUGAUUUUAAGGUGAUCAAUUAUGUGCUGGAUGUGUCGUGGGUCUUUGAUACCCAUAUAAAAGAAAAGAGAACAUUGAAUAUUGAUGGAAGUGAGACAUCUUUAUCUGUUUUCAAUUUAACUGCUGGAACAAAAUAUGAGAUUUUAGCAUGGGCUAAAACAGCAAAAGGGGACAGCCCAAUAUCCAUUGCACACACAAAAACACAAGGAACCAUGCCAGCUCCUCCAAAAUUCAAAGCAGUACCAGUCAACCAGACUGCUGUGGAUUGCAGCUGGAGUGGCCCAACCAGCGUGGUUUAUGGUAUUUUCUUUGCUACAUCGUUUUUGGAACUGUAUCGAAAUCCAAAAAAUGUAAAUUCAACCAAGAGCAAUGUUACGGUGAUGGUGAACAGUGAUGAGCAGUAUCUAUUUUUGGUUCGUGUUGUGGAGCCAUAUUUAGGCCCGCCUUCUGAAUAUAUUGCCGUUAAGAUGAUACCUGAUAACCGACUGCCUCCCCGCUAUUUACACGUUGUGAAGGAGGACAAAACAUUUGCUGUACUGAAGUGGCAACCUCCAUAUGACCUACUGAAUGAAACUUUAACUUAUGCAAUUCUUGUAAAAGAUUCUAUCCGUCAAAGUGAAAAACAUUACAAGGUGUCCACAAAGAACAACACAGUGGAAUACGCCGUGAAGCAGCUGGAACCCGGUGGAAUGUACAGCGUGAUCAUUAGACUGUUAAACAUGAGCAAAGAAGCGACUGUAUCUCUAAACCCAGUUCCUCUGUCGGCACCAGAGUCACUGAAAAUUCUACCAGAAAAAGACCACAUCCUGCUGUUCUGGAAAAGCCUCAGAUUAAAGGAACGAAGCUUUAAUGACAGCAGAGGUUAUGAGAUCCACAUGUUUGAUCAUAAGAUCAAUACAACGGUGUGCCUUGGCAAUACAACGGAAAACAUCUUCAGGAUUUCUGAUCUAAAGUUUGGCCACAACUACACCUUCACUGUACAGGCUAGAUGCUUGUACAACGGACAGAUUUGUGGUGCUCCUGCUACUCUCCUCUAUGAUGAACUUGGCAAUGCGGCAGAUCGAUCUUUUUCAAGAAGUUCCAAGUCCACUGAUGUAGCGGCCAUCGUGGUGCCAGUGAUGUUCUUGCUGCUGGUCGUGCUGGGCAUCGGCUUUGUUGUGCUAUAUGUUCGGCAUCGAAGGCUUCAGAACAGCUUUACAGCCUUUGCCAACAGCCACUAUAAUUCUCGAUUAGGCUCUGCUGUGUUUUCUUCAGGUGACGAGCUAGGUGAUGACGAAGAUGCACCCUUGAUUAAUGGUUUUUCAGAUGAUGUUCCAAUGGUGAUUGCAUGAAGACCUUGCUGUAAACAAGAGGUUAAAGAAUUCUUCUCCGAAGUCUUGGCAGCAGGAAGAAAAAUCUUUUUAAAAAAUGCACUUUUCUGAGUUGCAUUACAUUAUUUUUAUAUGGACCAAAAAUUAGACUUUAUUGUAAUGCGCUGUGAUACUUGGAUAAGAUGGCACGGUGUGUGGUGCAGCCCUAGUCCCUGACUGUAGGCUUUUGCACAGCACUGCUUGUGUUCUUUGUCUGCAGGCAACUCUUACUUUUCAGGUUAUUUGCUUGGUGGGUGUUAAUGGUUGCAACCCCUCUUUCUGAUGGUCUGUAAAUUGAUUUAUCAGUAGAAAGUUAAAUCACAUUUCAAUACUAUUUUCUAUAGUCAUGGCUUAAUAAUAAUUACGAUGAAACAGUUAAUCAAAAGAUUAUAAGACAACUUAUCAUGAUACCACAUCAAAUUAGUUUGUUAAAUCAUGUAUUGAAGUGUGGCAAUUUCUUAUCUCAUAAUUUUGCUACAAAAAAAUUAUGUUUAUAGUGAAAUAUUUCAAUUAGUGCAAUUAAUCCUUUCACUACUUCCUUGUGUCGCUGUUUUAAAAUGUCCAUUUUUUAAAAAAAAUCAAAAAUAAUAUACUUUUUAUUAACAGCGUAAUCAUGAAAUAGCCCGUUGCAAUAUACUUCAUUUCCUCUACAAUCUCAAUUUGCAUUAUGCCCAUAUUAAAUUAGUUAUUUCAGUAUGCUCCUUGCGUAUUCCUGCAUGAUAGAAUUUCACAAUCACCUUCAUUGAACCUUACAACAAUAUAAAACAGCAGGAAGUUAUUUGGCUUGAAGACUGUAGCAGCUUUUGAAAAGACUUGUACAGUUCAUUUCAUUUGCACAGUCUUUGAUCCUUGCUCUGCACGUUUCCACACUCGAGUAUUAAUCCAAUUCCAUUUUGAAAGUUUUUAUUGAAUCUGCUUCCAUUUCCCUUUGAAUAAUGAAUUCCAGAUCACAACUCGCUGCUUUUUCAGGAAGAAUUUAUUUUGCCAGUUACUAGAAAGUUACUGCGCAAACGAACGUUCACCUCGGUCACCGCAAUUUAUUUUGUUUCCCAAAGCAGGGUUGUGGUCCUCUAUUUCCCCUCCCCCCCCCCCCCAGAUCAGCCUAUAUUUAUCUUGUGUAGUUUUAGUAUGCACAAGUCCAAGAUGCCUUCAUUUAGAAUAGUAUAAAAUGGUCUUAUCCCAUACUUUAUCUUUUAAACAGAAAGAUUUAAAAUUCCCAUAUCCAUUGUCUUAUUUAGGUGGGGAGGUGGGGGGGGAAGAACCCAGCUGGGUGUACUAAAAUGUAGAAACUGUGAUUUUCUUUUCCUUUUAAAUCUGUUUUGUUUUUGUUUUUUCAGUUUCUUUCUUCAUUUACAGGACGACAUAGCUGCCAAUCUCUUGCCUCAUACAUAAACUUGAUGAGGUUGGCAGAAAGAGUUUUGUUGCUUACUAAUAAGUGGAAGGGGGAAGGGAUUCCUUUGCAAAAAGAACCUUGGUGCCCUUUGUCAAUUACAGGGAAGGUACAUUGGCAACCCGGUACCAUGCAUGCAAUCGAGCGGGUGCAUUGGAAUAUUCCAUUUACCUUGCAGCUUAUACUGAAGUAGACCUGUCUUCCCAUUAUACUGCCUUCACAUUUUCAAAAAGUUAGAGUUCAUUUUGCUUUUGAAACUCGGCUGAAUUUUGGUAAAUGUGUGCAUCAUUGAAAUAAUUUCAUACCCGAUCUCUUGCAAACCAGAAUUGUUUAAUUGACACAUAGAUAGGAUGAGUGGAACUGCUGCAAAUGUACUUCUGCAAUGUUGCUCAGUAACUGUGGGUGAUAUUUUAUCAAGAACAUUUAUUUCAUUUCACAGCAGAAAAUUCCCUGCCUUUUCUGUUUUUGGUUCUGGCCAAUUUGCUGCAUAUUUCCAAUGUUUCCUAUGUCACCUCUGGAUUUUCAGCAUCUGCUGUUU